AGCGGAAGUGAGCACUGCAGGCUGUGUCAAACAGAUCAGACAUGGCGUGUCUGCUAGCUUACAGCAACACAGGCUCUACAAUGUUUUCUGCCACACGGAGAACAAAACCCCACCCGUGGAUAUGCUGUUUGCUCCUGGUGGUGGUGUUAACGUCGCUGCCAGCCUCGGCAAAGCGGGACGGCCUGAGAGAAGUGACCGACGGGACCUGGGAGGAAAUCCUGACAGGAGAAUGGAUGAUUGAAUUCUACGCACCCUGGUGUCCAGCAUGCCAGCAGCUCCAGCCAGCGUGGAAGGAGUUCGCGGAAUGGGGGGAGGACAUGGGGGUCAACAUAGCCAAAGUGGAUGUGACAGAACAACCCGGUCUGAGUGGGCGAUUCAUCAUUACUUCACUUCCGACUAUUUACCACUGUAAAGAUGGCGUCUUCAGGAAGUACCAGGGAGCUCGCACUAAAGACGACUUCCUCAGCUUCGUCGAUGAGCAGAAAUGGAGAUCAGUGGAGCCAGUUUCCUCUUGGUUCGGGCCGUCUUCCUUUCUGAUGAAUUCGAUGUCCGCUUUGUUUAAGCUCUCCAUGUUUAUCCGGCGUUGUCACAACUACAUGACAGAGCACCUGGGGAUCCCAGUCUGGGGUUCUUAUGUUAUCUUUGGCUUGGCCACUCUGUUCUCUGGCCUUGCACUGGGACUGUUACUGGUGUUCAUCGCAGAUUAUGUUUUCCCCUCACGGCGCUUCUCUUCUCCGGAUUACUACCAAAAAAAACAGACAAUGGAGCAGGCGAGGCUAAUCCAGCGACAAGAGGACGAGCACGAGGCUGACGGCGAGGAAGAUGACGAUGAAGACGACGAAGAUGAAGACCAGGAUGAGGUCUGGAGGAGGAGGAGGAGAGGGUCCCCAGAGGGCCGCCCAGAACCUAAAGGACAGGGUCUCUCUGAUGAAACUCUGAGGAAGAGGGCGGUGGGCAACCGUGAGGAGGAAGACGAGGAGGAGGAGGACACCUAGAGAGUCAGCUCCUACUCAGUUUGAGAAGAGCGUCAUGGAGUCGGCAGAGUCGGAGGAGCUUUGGUCCUGAGCAGCAGUGUUUACAGCAGGGAGUCCUUAAAUCUCAACCCCACCUGAACCUCCCCUCCUUCUCCUCCUCCUCCUCGGGGUCCCCAGAAACACCUCGCUUCUUUUCUUCUCCUUCCCUUGUUUUGUAACGGGAGCGCUUUAGACUCUCUGUCCGCCUGAGCAGCAGGCUCCACCUGGAAAAAGCAAAAACACUCCCGACACCUGUUUCCACUCGUGGAGACCAGUCGCCCAGCUGAGGUUUAGGUAUGAAGUGCGGUAGAGCUGGAUUUUGCAAUGUUGUUUAUGCUAUGCAUCGUUUUUUAAAGAUAUGUGUGUUUAUUAUAUGUCUUAUCUCAGAAUUAUUAUACCAGGCUUGUGUUCGAGGUUUAUUCUGUUGAAGUUUAUUUCUGUUCUGCUAACGCAUACAUACAGUUACUUUAUGUUUCAUGUAUAUUUUACCCACCCUGACGAUUCGACCUAAUGUUCACACACCAUUCCUCAUUUCAGUCUGUAAUGGUGGAGAGAGUAAAAAGUAAAGGCCGAAAGUGUUUGUUAGCAACCUUAAGAUUUCACCCCUGGUUGAUUUGGCAACACCUGUGGUUACCGUGGCAACACCAAGCUCACUUCCUGCUCACUUCUUGUUUCAUUACUAUUGCAGGGUAUUGCAGGAUGUACUGGUGAAAAAUGAAGGAAGUGAUCGUCAUCUUGUUUUGUAGAUGCAUUUUUCUUGAACAAUAGCCGUCAGUGUUAACCUCGACAAACACACGGCAUUCCAUGUGACUCGUUCACAGUGAAGCCACCCUGUGUUUCUCUAGCUGAAUGCUUUUAAAGGCCAGUGUGAAGGAUGUAGGGGCAUCGAAAGGCAGAAUUGCUAUAUAACAUCCAUAGCUAUGUUUUCACAACUUUAUAAUCACCUGAAAAUAAGAGGGUUUUUUUUUUUUUGGCUACCUUAGAAUUUUAUAUCUACGUUCAGAGCAGGCCCUCACCCAUGCAGUCCACCAUCUUGUUUCUACAGUAGCUCAGAACGGACAAAUCAAACACUGGCUCUAAAUAGGGCCAUUUGCGUUUUCAGGUCAGCCCCCGUAGUUCUCCAAUGCACUUGGGGCGAAGUUUCAGUUCUUCAACCUCAAUGCUAGCUGCUGCUAAAUUUGACACACUUGACCUUUAAUGUGAAGCAGCAGUAGACAAUGUUGCUGUAUACAGCUCUGCGUUCACACUACAAGUGACAAAGCAACAGCGUGAACAGCUACAGUAUCGCCAAGUCGCUGUUGAAGUGUUGCACAAGCGCUCAUUGGUGCAGUUAUGUCAUCCUGGGCUUGUGUGUGUCUGCUACCUGCAACAAAGCACCGCGACUGAGCGCCAUCUAAAGUUGUAUUGGGUCAAAAAAGAUAUCUGUGGUUUUCAUUAGGGCUGGGCAAUGUAAAGAUAUUACAUCGUUAUUGAGAUAUGAGACAACAUAUCGUCAUAGAUUUUGGAUGCUGUUGUAUUGCAAUAAGGCAUAAAUGGUGUUUUUCCCUCAUUUCAAAGGCUGCAUGACAGUAAAGGGAUAUAAAUGUAUCAACUUACCAGACUUUUCUAUUUGUUUUAACGCUUGCUUUAACCCACUUAUUGGUUAUAUUCACAUUAUGAUUAAUAUUUUCUGAAAAAACAAACAAACAAACAGGUCAGACUCAUCCCUACAACUUAGUCGCAUCACAGAAGGUAUCUGAUCAGACUUAUUGAUGUGUUUGUUUUUGUUUCUCAGUCUUUGCAUUGAUGAAGUGCUUUUGAGGAGAUUUAAAAAUAUCGAUAUGUAUCGUGUAUUGAGAUAUACCCCUAAAGUAUCAUGACAUCAUUUUCUGGACAUGUCGCCCAGCCCUAGUUUUCAUCAAUGUCAGAGCCCCAUUUUAACAUCACAUUUCACUGCAUCAUUGCAGUGCUGCCAUCCCCGUCACAUAGCAAGUGUUGGGCGUCAGUUUCUAGCGCCACGUGUUUUUUUUUUGUUUUGUUUUGUUUUACAGCACCCAGCGCCGGCAGAAGUCUUCAUGAGUUCAUUUUUUUCCUCUGCAGCAGUUUGUGGAGUUUUGAUGCAAUGAACGAUUAAGUUUUUGCUCCAUCUGUGCCCAGAGUUGCACUGUGCUCCGAGAGUGUGGAGCAAUAAGUACCUGAAAGGUGUAUAUAUGAACAGUCCAGCUCCAAAAAUAGAAAGUCAAAAUGUGGCAUUAGAUGUUUUAAUUGUUGUGGGCUGCUAUAAAUAAACUAAUGUUUAUUUCUAGCAUAAAGUGCCAGUGGAUAAAAAGAAAAGCCUGUUGCUGCGUCGCUCGUAGUGUAAACACAGCAUCAGAAACCGUGAGGCUGAAUUAAAAUCCAGCCUGGGAAUGGCGGACCCCGCCACAAACAUGAAAACUGCUACCUAGAGAGGUCGUUACUGACUGUAAAUACAUUGAAUGGCUAUUGCAGGAAAAAUGCAUGAAUAGUGGGAAUAGCUCUCAUGAAAAUCUAAAGGAUUAUACCUUAAAAUCUCAGCCCAGUCAUUUCCCUCAGUCUGUGUUAAGUGUGCCUCCUUUUCCUCUUGGUCCAGGUAUGUUAUGGGGCAGGAGCCCUUCAUAUGGCGUUAGUGCUUUGCUCAGCAGUCAAACUAAAACGUUGACUCUGACUGAGCUGCAGUCCUGUUAGUUUGCAGAAACAUUAGGUAGAUGCUUAAACAGAAAGGAAGCAUAUUCACUCCAAAUAAAAGGCCUGGUGAAUGUUUCUCUGUACUGUAUGUCCCCAUAAUGUAUCACACAAUCAACCAGAGGGAUUUGUUACUUUGUCUUGUGUUACAAUGUUUACUUGUGAUUCUCUAAUUAUUAAAGGCCGUUGGCUUAAAGAACCCAUAUGCCGGCAGGUCUACAGAACAGUAUUUGUAUGCCGUAAAAAACAAAGGUGGGAGCAGUUUAGGGAUUCAGACCUCCUUUUAUAUGUUGUUAAAUACAGAGAGAAGUCUGGCAUAUCCGUCCUAACGCUGCUCUGCUUUAGGGAACAGUUAGAGGACCAGAAUGAAGCUCUCUGCACGACAAAGGGAGGCAUUACUCAGCCUACUGUAAUCUUCUUUUAAUCACUUUUAAUUUGACUUCUUUAGGCUUAAAUAUCAAAUUAAACUUCUGAGGUGAAUUUAUCUAAGUGUGUUGGUUUCUCAUUGAAAUCUUGAACAAAUUGGCACUCUGAUGCUUAUUUUUCAGAUAUUGACGCCACUCCGUGCUCAGCCUGUAUCUACUUCAGUCUUGUAAAUCAAAAAGGGGAAGUGUGUGUGCGACCAGUGUUUUUAAUACACAUUUCACUCUUGUUUUGAUGAGGCUUAUAACAACUGGUAAGGACUUUGAUUUAUUUUUAUGUUGCAUUUUAUUCCAAGUAAGCUGAUUACUUAUUUUGGUGACGGUUGAAACAGGUUGCGUUUUUGUACCCGACCACUCUUAACGGCUUGUAGCAUUCACUCUUUUACUCUGAGCCGCCUGUGCUCCUUUUAUUGUUUGAACAUUUCUUUUGAAUAAAGGGUUAACUCUGGAAAAA